GCAUGGGGCGCCGGGGCUCCGCUCGCCAUCAGCUCCUUAUUGUCACUUGAUUGCUCUGUCUAUCUAUCUGUGAGGCUGGCACUUCCCUCUGCCCCUCCCCCACUCAUCCUCCCUGCACUGCACCCUCUCACUGCAUGCACUGCACCUUCCUCACUUCCCUGUGCACUGCACUGCAUGCUCUGCACCUUCUCCACCACUCACCUUCCCUGCUUCUCCUUCUUUGUGCCCUUCUCUCUGGUGCCAGGACUUGCCUCCUUCUUAGCUCUAUCUUGGGUUAUUUUGGGGCACAGCCCCCCUUACCCUUCCCCCUCCCCCCCAGCUCAGAUCCCUGGGUAGUAUGGGGAGGUGAGAUUGUAUCGCAGCCUGAUACAGCUUCUUGGGCAAGCCGCUGACAAAACAGUCGCCUGCAAAUGAAUUCAAUGAACCCCAUGAAACCAUCUCAUCCAGGCACAGGACACAGUGAUGGUUCAUUUGCAUACGACUCUGUUCCCUGGCAACCAAACACCAAUCAGCCUGCAGGAUCGCUCUCCGUAGUAACCACCGUCUGGGGUUUGAGCAACACGUCGCAGAGCCAGGAGGUUCUUGGGAAUCCCAUGGUGCCCAGCGGUGGCCCCACAGGAGGCGGAGUCAUGCCAGGUCUGGCAGGCAACGGUGGUGGCAUGGGAAGCCCCCAAUACAUUAACCAGCAAGGAUUCGCAGAAAGUGGCGCUGGCAAGGGUUAUCUGCCGCAAAACAUGUACGGACGCGGGGGAUACCCAGGUGGCUCUGCCUAUUCUAAUAGUUACCCUGGUGGUCCCUCAGCCGGUGGUGGAAUGGGCAUGGGUCAGCAUACGGGACGCGGUCCCACGGACUUCACACAGGCGGCAGCUGCAGCAGCGGUGGCAGCUGCUACAGCCACGGCAACUGCGACAGCAACAGUGGCUGCGCUGCAGGAAAAACAGACCCAGGAGAUGAAUCAGUAUGGCGGGGUGGGGCCUACACAUAAUUAUGGUGGCCAGUUCUUGCCUCACUCUGGCCCCCGUGGACCCUCCAUUCAGGGCGGCAUGACAUCUAGUGGUAUGGGAUCCGUCAUGGGACCUGGAGGAAUGGCUCAAAUGAGUAUGAAUUCUGCAAGAGCACCAAAUAUGAACCAAGUGUAUGCUGGGCAAAGAAUACCACCCCAUGGCUACCCUGGGCAGCUCCAAGGCCAGCAGAUGCCACGUCAGGGAGUAAAAAGGACCUACUCCAAUGAGGGCUAUGCACCUCAACAGUACAUUCAAAGCGGCCAGUAUCCACCCCACGCGGGUCAGUACGCACCAUCUGCACCUCAACAAUCUGCCCCAUCCCCUUCCUAUCCUGGGCAUCGUGUACAGCAGAACAUGUCGCAGUACAUGCCCCAGGCAGGUCCUGGAGGCCAUUUUUAUAAGCUCACGGAUCAAUACAAUGGACAGAGCAAUAACUUUAACGGUGGAAACUUUGCAUAUAAUCAGACUAUGAGUGGGCCGGGGCGCCCCAUGCCUGGAUAUCCCAGCUCUCCCUUACCAGGAAAUCCUACACCACCUAUGACACCUGGAAGCAGUGCACCGCCCUAUAUGUCACCAGGUCAAGAUGUCAAGUCCCCAUUUCUUCCUGAUGUCAAACCUUCACACAACGCUUUGCACCAGUCUCCCACAGGGGCCUCCAAUGAUGAGCUGAGACUGACAUUCCCGGUACGGGAUGGCAUUGUUCUGGAACCAUUCAGAUUGCAGCACAACCUAGCAGUCAGUAACCACGUAUAUCACCUGCGGGAAUCUGUCUAUAAGACACUUAUGAUGAGGCCCGAUCUAGAGCUGCAGUUUAAGUGUUACCAUCAUGAGGAUCGACAGAUGAACACAAACUGGCCUUGUUCUGUACAAGUCAGUGUGAACUCCACACCUCUGAGUAUUGAGCGGGGGGACAACAAAACUUCCCAUAAACCCCUCUACCUGAAGCAAGUGUGCCAGCCUGGCCGAAACAGCAUCCAGAUCACAGUCAGUGCCUGCUGCUGUUCUCAUCUAUUUGUGCUGCAACUGGUUCACCGCCCAUCUGUAAGGUCUGUCCUGCAGGGUCUGAUAAAGAAGAGGCUUCUCCCUGCAGAACACUGCAUCACCAAAAUUAAAAGAAAUUUUAGCAAUGGCAGCAUCCCUGGGACUCCUGGGCCCAAUGGUGAGGAUGGUGUGGAGCAGACGGCUAUCAAGGUGUCCCUAAAAUGUCCAAUCACCUUCCGAAGAAUUCAGCUUCCUGCCAGGGGCCAUGAUUGUAGACACAUCCAGUGUUUUGAUCUGGAAUCCUACCUGCAGCUGAACUGUGAACGUGGGACCUGGAGAUGCCCUGUGUGCAAUAAAACUGCCCUGUUAGAAGGAUUAGAAGUUGACCAGUACAUGCUGGGAACCUUGCUGUAUAUCCAGAACUCUGACUAUGAAGAGAUCACCAUUGAUCCUUCCUGUUGCUGGAAGCCGGUCCCUGUGAAGCCAGACACCCACGUGAAGGAAGAGUCAGAUGGACCUGUACUCAAGCGCUGUCGAAGUCUGAGCCCAGCGCACAUGGUUAUGCCAAAUGUUAUGGAAAUGAUCGCUGCUCUGGGACCAAAUUCUUCUCCCUUCAAUAGUAUGCAGUCAGGGGGCGGUGUGCGGACAGACUACAGCGGCCAACAAGGCCCAACUUUCCAGGGUCAAGGGGGAUAUCCUGAAGGUGGCUUCCCAUCCUCUAACCCCGGCACACCCACCAUGAAUGACUUCACCCCCAAUGGUCCGCCGCCCAUCUCCUAUCAAUCUGACAUUCCGAACUCCAUGAUGAACCAGGAAAAGAGCGGAGCUCCUCCCUUAUCUGGGCAGGUACCUCCUUCAGGGCGGAUAGAAGCCUCACACAAUCCCUCCCAGUCCCUUCAUACCUCCAGCCUCAACAAUCAAUCACCGCAGCAGCAGCUUCACCAUCGGAAUCAGCAGCGGCAAGCCAUGGCUCAGCCUGGGAGCGAUCUGGCGUUUAACCCUUCAGUGGGGCUCUCAGCAGGCGAUGUGACAGAACCCUCUCUUGAUCUUCUCCCUGAACUGACUAAUCCAGAUGAGUUGCUCUCAUACCUUGGCCCCCCGGACCUUCCAAGCAGCGGAAAUGAUGAUCUUCUGUCCUUGUUCGAGAAUAACUAACUGAUUCAAGAUUUUAUUGUCAAUGGUUUUUAUUCAAUUUUUUUUUUUUUUCCAUGCCCAAGUUUUAAACAACACCGAUGCUGGGGGUAGUGCUGAGCACAGGACUUGAUCUGGAUACAGACAAUUCACCAUCACAGAUGAAUACAGACUCUUCAGAUCAUUGCACUAUUGUUAAACCUGCAGCGCUGCUCCGGAAGCUUUACAGAGACUCUCUGCAGAAAACCAUUUGUUACUCUGUGAAUAGAAAUCAUUGACUGUGUUAAAAAGAUGUAUCUGCAGAUUUCCAUUUCAAAGAAACCAGCAAUGUUCCUCUUGUUCCUAAUGCCGGUGCCACAUCCAUGUCGGCUUUGUCCGCUGACUUGUGUAUAUGCCCAGAUUUCCUUUUUUUAAUUUGCCACCAAGCACCAGCCUGAGAAGUAAAACAAGAGUUUUUGCCGCAGGGCCGGUAGCCCAUUUUAUUUGAUGUGGACCCCAAUGCGCGGGAGACAGAAGCUAAGAGCACAACGCAGGUGUGUGUACAAGUAUACACACUUUUAUUUUUUUUGUAAUGUACAAAUACAUACGUUGUGUGUGUGUAUAUACAUGUAUAAUAUUGCUGGUCCAUUAGUCAUAACUCAUUCCUUUUGUGGGGUGGGAGGGUGGUUUGGUUAUAAUGGACACUAAGAUCCUGGUGUCACACUUCAUUAUAUUUCCUACAAUCUCAGCCGUAGUCUGAGGUGACUUUGCUACAUAUAAUCUAUAUAAUUAUACAGGAAGUUACCCCUGUAGUAAUGUGUCCUUGUCGUUGUAUGUUAUUUCCAAUAUUAAAGCUUUGAUAGCCCGGGCAGUACCACCCACUGUACAUGCAAUAAAACAAGGGCCUGCAGCCUUGCCACAUCUGCAUUAUUCGCUCUGCAGCAGAGCGGAAAUCUGUGUACAGUAUAUAAAUAUAUAUUUAUAUAUAUGUUUUGUGUGAUUAAUAUCACAAGACCGAGAGAAGGUUGCAGCACGUUGCAUAAACUUCUAUAGUUUACCUGUUGCCUGCACAGCUGGGGGGGGGGGCAUAGUCGCUUGGGUGACUUUAUGCACUUCCUUGCGUGUGAUUGACUUUAGAUCUCAGUGGAUUAUCGGCCUUCUCAGGAUCUGAAGGGAUGGAUUGUUCAUGCAACCUGACGUAGCGGAGGAAACUGCUGCCCGCCCUUCUUGCCCAACGGGGCACGAGUGCACUGCAGACCAAUGGGCGGUGAUUUGCAUCGACCAUCUACAAUGCUGCAGAGACCCACACCCGAUCAGCCAUAGUUAUGUUUUUAUUUAUUGUUUUAGUUUAUUUCUGAAUUUAAAAAAAAUAAAUAAAUAAAAA